CUAGUUAAUAGUCGAUGCUAAUAAGGUAUCUAAGAUACCUUAAGAAUCGAAUAAUAAUGCAGCCAAAGAAAAAUGUUAUUACUAUUGUUGGAACCACAGGUGUUGGUAAAUCACAAUUAAGUAUAGACCUAGCCAAGGCUAUAAAUGGAGAAAUUAUCAAUGCAGACUCGAUGCAAAUGUACAAGAAAUUGGAUGUUAUAACAAAUAAACACCCUAUUGAAGAAAGAGAUGGAAUUGUACAUCAUGUGAUGAAUCAUAUUAAUUGGGAUGAAGAAUAUUUCAUUCAUAAGUUUAAUCAAGAAGCUUCAGCAGCUAUUGAAGACAUUCAUAGCCGUGGGAAAGUUCCUAUUGUUGUUGGUGGUACCCAUUAUUAUUUGCUGAGUUUAUUAUUCCGCAAUAAAACAAUUGGAUCUAAAGUUGAAGAGAAAAAUGAAUUAACUCCAAGUCAAAUUGAAUUACUUGAUGGACCAGUAGAGGAAAUUUUCACUGAAUUGAAUCGUCUUGAUCCAAUAAUUGCCGGGAAGUUCCAUCCUCAAGAUCGUAGAAAGCUUCGUAGAGCUUUAGAAAUUUAUUACACUACUGAAAAGAAAACUUCUGAGCUUUAUCUAGAGCAAAAAUAUGAUGAAUUAGAAGAUUCUUCAUUAAAAUUUAAUACACUCGUAUUAUGGGUAUAUUCUGAGCCAGAUGUAUUAAGGCCACGAUUGGAUACUAGAGUUGAUAAAAUGAUGGAAAUAGGAGCCUUGGAAGAAAUUAAAGAACUUUAUGAAUUUUACAAAUUACAAGAUCCAAAACCUGAUCUUACAAGAGGUAUAUGGCAAGUAAUUGGAUUUAAAGAAUUUUUAACAUGGUUAGAAACAUCUAAUGAGGAUUUCCAAGAAGGGGUAGAAAAAAUGAAAAUUAGAACUAGACAAUAUGCUAAAAGUCAAAUUAAAUGGAUUAAAAAUUUAUUGGCAACUGAAUUGAAUAAAGAAUCAAGAUUUAAUUUCCAAUAUGGAGGGAAAAUGUAUUUACUUGAUGCUACAGAUUUAUCAUUAUGGAGCCAAAAUGUUAGAGAAAUUGGAGUUAAUAUUACCAAGAAAUUCUUAACGACGGGGCCAAAAUCAGUUACGGAAAUGCAAACUCCUGAACAUUUGAAAGAUGUCUUCCCUACAGCAGAUAAUCUUGAAGCAUUGAAAAGUAAUAAAAAAUUGGGUUCAGAAAGUUCUUGGAAACAUUUUACAUGUGAAUUAUGUACAGAUAAGAAUGGGAAUCCAUUUACAGCUGUUGGAGAAGAUAAUUAUAAAAUUCACCUAGCUGGUAGACGUCACAAGAGGAAAAUUGGAUCUAAUGAAAGGAAACGUAAACAUGAAGAAAUGAUUAAACUUCAUAAUAAAGACGAUAAGAAAGAUGAUAAUAAAGACAAUAAGGAGUUAGAUAAUCAAGAAAAGUUGCAUUAAAUGGACGAUUAAUUGAAUAAUAUAGAUAUGAUUCAAUUGAAUCAAUUGGAUUUGCAUCAUAUAGUUAUAGAGUGGAUGCAGUUUUGCUUGAAUAAUUUCCCUGUAUAUAGUAAGCCCUAAUAAAUGCAUUUUUGUGUAUUUCAAUAAUUUAUGUAUUUAAGGCAACGUUUGAAUUUUUUUUUAAAUGUUUAAAAGUUUUUUCUUUGAUACGAAAGCUUCCUAUUCACUGCACCAUUCACUGUAAUGAAUGAUUGGAGGGGAAAAGGAAAGCGAGAAGAAUUUACGAAUAACGACCUCAUACUAAGCUUGCUUUAAUCUCUAGCAUGACCUUGGAUUCUGCGUUUUCGAUACAUUUUGUUCUGUUUGAAUAAAUUAUAACUAGUAGUAUUUUUUUUUCGUAUUAUUUCUUUUUUCUUUUGUCGUGCCCUUCUUAACUAGGUAAAUUUCUAAGCUAGGCAAUUUGUUAGUUGCCCUAGCAACGGAGACAUUUUCAAAUGGUAUGAAAAAAAAAAAAAGAUUUCCAAAAUUCAAAAAAAAAAAUUCAUUUUAAUUAAAUGCCUUUUAUUACCUA